AUGGAGUAUCACCAUCCACCCGUGAUUAUUCCAACGGCACCCAGCAAUGUCCUCGCCCAUCAAGCACAAGAUUGGAAGAUCAUGCAAGUAAUUAAUAAUAGAAUUCGUGAUGAUAUUAUUAAAAAAUAUGCUCAAUAUACAAAACGUGUUAAUGGUGAAAUGAUUAAAGUAAUGUAUGAAUGGUUUGAACGUGGUGAUCGUCGAAAUCGUCAGCAAACAUCGUAUGGUACACAUCCAGAUAAACAUUUUCGUCUUGAAAUAAGUAAAGAUACAUUCGAACGGUAUAAUGAUCGAUUACCACAUGUACGACGAUUAACAUUUGAACAAUUUUGUGAUUUAUUAUCACCGAUUAUUACAGGUCAAUAUAAUGAUUAUCAAUUACGUCGAACAUUCGAAAAAUUAGAUUCUGAUAAUGAUAGUUAUUUAAAUCAACAAGAAAUUGCAAAUUUACUUAUUGUUGUUGGUCGAUCAGAAUCAAAUUAUAAAAUACAAGAUAUGAUUUCACGUUUAACAUCACGUGGAAAACUUAGUUUUGAAGAAUUUAAACGAUUUAUUAACGAUGGUUAUGCACGAGAACUUUUAAUGCCCUCAUAUGAAAAUACACAUGGAAGUCGUUAA